AUCCGCCAUUCCCAUCGCAAGACCACUCCAGCGCAACUCAAGCAGCAGCAAGCAACCAGCAGAGGCGCUCCAGAGCUAAGCAACCGCUCGACCGCCGAUCAAGAACAAGAUGUGUCCGAUCAAGAGGGAGAUGAGCGCCGAGCCAUCGGGCUCCCCCCGCAGCUGGGCUUCGGCCUCGACCUCGGCCUCGUCGGAGCACCACCAGACGGUGUGGACGUCGCCGCCGAAGCGGCCGUCGGGGCGGACCAAGUUCCGGGAGACGCGGCACCCCGUGUUCCGCGGCGUGCGGCGCCGGGGCAACGCCGGGCGGUGGGUGUGCGAGGUGCGCGUGCCGGGCCGGCGCGGCUGCAGGCUGUGGCUCGGCACCUUCGACACCGCCGAGGGCGCGGCGCGCGCGCACGACGCCGCCAUGCUCGCCAUCGCGGGCCCGGGCGCCUGCCUCAACUUCGCGGACUCGGCCUGGCUCCUCGCGGUACCCGCCUCCUACGCCAGCCUCGCCGAGGUGCGCCGCGCGGUCGCCGAGGCCGUGGAGGAGUUCCAGCGCCGGGAGGCGCUCCCGGAGGAGGAGGACGCGCGCUCGGCCACGUCGUCGACGCCGUCCUCCCCGGCCAGCGUCGAAGACGAGGCUUCCACCGACGGGGAAGAGUCCUCGCCGUUCGAGCUGGACGCGUUCGGUGACAUGAGCUGGGACUUGUACUACGCGAGCUUGGCGCAGGCGAUGCUCAUGGAGUCACCGUCCACAGCCGCGGCGUUCUGCGACGAGGGCGUGGCCGAUGUGCCGCUCUGGAGCUAUUAGGACUGAGGCCGCUGUGCUUCAAUUUUUCUCCUUUUCUUUCUCUAUAAGACUCCGAAGCCAAAUUUUGGUACUGUAACGGUUACUACUUUGGGCAAUGAGACGGAGCAGCUUGGGAAAGUAGAAGAAUUUCUAAAAUUAGCAAGAAGUGGAAAUUUGAGCUUAA